AUGUCGUGUGAGUCGAAUUGCCACCUCCAGCCAUGGAGCAAUGCAACUGAAAAAGAAGACAUCACUGUUGCUUCAGCCGCUUUUGUCUUAUUUUCUGGAUAUCACUUACUUAAUAAAAUUAAGAAGAAGAAAAGGCGCUGGUGGAUGACAUCGUUCAAUAAGAGCCGGUCAAGAUACAAUGGAUCAGAUAUGCUAUCCGAUUUUGUUAAAGAGCCGAGUAAAAAAUUUGGAAAUUUCUGUAGAAUCUCACCAGAAGAUUACGAAUAUCUUAUGAAUAAAAUAGGCUCUGAAAUUGCAAAACAAGAUACCCACUUGAGAAAAUGUAUUCCAGUACAAGAACGAUUUGCAAUUGCUCUUAGAUUUUUAGCAACCGGAGAUAGUUACACAAGUCUUUCAUAUCUUUUCAAAGUAUCUAUCCAAACAGUUUCAAGUUGUGUCAAGGACGUUUGUAAAGCAUUAAUAAAAGAACUAUCACAAGAAAUAAAACUGCCACGGACAUCAUCUGGCUGGUUAAUGAUAGAGAAAGGAUUCUGCAAAACUUGGAAUUUCCCUCACUGCUUAGGAGCUAUUGACGGGAAACAUGUGUUAAUACAAAGUCCUAUACAUAGUGGGUCUGAAUUCAUCAACUAUCACAAAACUUUCAGUAUUGUAUUAAUGGCUUUAGUCGACGCGGAUUACAAUUUUAUUUUUGUGGAUUGCGGGUGCCAGGGACGAAUAAGCGACGGUGGUGUAUACAGAAACACUGACUUAUACAAACAAAUUUGUGGAAAAGAAUUGGAUUUUCCACCGCCGGAGUGCUUACCGCUGAAAGAAAUACCACUACCUUACGUAUUUGUUGCAGACAGUGCAUUUUCUCUAACAGAAAAUAUGAUGAAACCUUACGCUGGAACUCAUAAUAAGGGAUCAAAAGAGCGCGUGUUUAAUUACUGCCUUUCACGAGCCCGAAGGAUUGUUGAAAAUGUCUUUGGCAUUAUGUCUGCGGUGUUUAGAGUACUAAGAAAACCUAUGCUUUUACAACCAGAUACGGUAACCAACAUUGUGAUGACCUGUGCAUUGCUGCACAACUUUUUAAGACGGUUUAAAAGGUCUAGACUUAUAUAUAGCCCUAUUGGAUCCUUUGAUACUGAGAAAGAUGGCGAGAUUCAGCCCGGUUCUUGGCGCGACGACCAAAGCGGAGUUACUUCCUUACUGCCUCUGCAAAAUCGUCCAAGAAGAACACUUCUUUCCGCCAAGGAUAUAAGAGACCAAUUUGCAGAAUAUUUUAUAACGAACGGUGCCGUUGCAUGGCAAAAUAAUUAUUAA